AUGUUUUGGGGCUUAAGCGCUGCUUUGGAUCUCUUUGAAGAAUAUUUAAAUAUGUCAAAAAGGUCUGAGGAAUCAUGUGAAGAAGAAAAACCAAACGAGGAACCGAAAAUUGUGCAAAUCAAUAUUCUUUUAUUUGGUUCCAAUGAUCCGCGACAUGUUAUAAAAACAAUGGCAAAAAUGUACGCCCAUAAAGCUAAGGGGACAACACCUAUUAUUAACUUUUACGUGGUUGAUGGUUGUAUCGAAACUAUAGCACGCCAUAUAGCGUUAUUAGGCAUCGCCUUGGAAAGUCCUGAAUCGAUGAAUCUGCGUGGUAAAGUUCAUCUCUUUAUGGACGUCUAUGGCAACUCACUGUUAAGGGCGUCAUCUUAUCAAUACCUUGUUGGCAAAGCUAAGAGUUUAUUUAAAAUGCUUACGGAUGAUGAGUGCCGUGAGAGGAUGACACCAUUUUUAAAUUUCGAGAACCUUAAGUAUAGAGAACGCGAUGGUCUGGAGAACGCAUUCCGCUUUUGGCUCCCGAAGGAGGGGCACAUUUUUCACAUUCAAGAAUACUGGGCUGCAAGACUUAGAAAAUUAAUGGGUGUGCGCUAUGAUCACCGCGACGGAGCGUUUGAUUGGGACUUGAAUAUGGUUCUUAAAGAUCGCGAAGGCCAGCAGAUUUGCUCACAGGAAUACCGACAUUGGCGGGAAACCGGCAUAGCCUUUACAUAUCCCGAAUACGAAUACAGUAAACCGAAUAAAACCCUUGCGGUUGGUCUUGUACGCAAUGGUGAUAAGUAUAUACAUCGGGGAUAUGUUGGCGAUAUGCAAACCGGUCCAUUUUCAGCGUUUGGAUUACUGAGUGCCGACGAGCGGCUAUUGCAGUCGGCCCAUGGUCAAAAUGACUAUCGUUCGACUGAUGUUACUGAACGCAAUUUACUUGAAUUAUUUCAUGAAUUAAGCACCGAGACGCCCUACGAACAUAACCUCAAAGAUUCUCGUAGAUACGGUUCGGUUAAGCUUCUUAUGGGCAAAACGUUGCUAUACAAUGAAUGUGAUAUAGAUGCUAUGCAUGAUUAUGAUAAACCAUGGAUUCAUAUAGAAGGCAUUAAUAUACGUUUCCUUUCCUCAGAAGACGUAUUCAAAUUACGGAAUGGUGACGAAUUUUGGAGCAACCAUUUCGAUGUUGCUUUUGUUGGUUAUAAUUACUUUGCCUUCCUCAAGGACUCUUUCAUAAAAGUGCUAAAAAAGAAAUGUCUGCUAAUUCUCGAAACCAAGUUAAUGACUACGGCGCGAAAUGAAGACAUUAAAUUGUUCGAAGAAAAAUUGAUGAAUUAUGCCAAAGUCAACAACUUUACCAGUGUAAUCAAUUAUAGUGCGCUUAAUAAAAAACAUUCGAUUCUGAAAUAUAAACGAAAAAUGGAUGCCGAAGAGAACUGUGCAAAUAACCAUUAA